AUGGCCUCACCUCUCACGCCGGGGGGUGGCUUCGUCAACGGGGCCGGUAGUCAGGAAGAGUCGUUGUAUGAGUACUAUCGUCUGCCAGAGCUCGGUGCUGUCUACACACCAGAUGUACUGGUUUUCCGAGAUGAAGAUGCGGACGACGUGUUGGAGAAAAAAGACCGUUGGUUCGUGGACUGCAUCAGCGCUGCCAUGUUGCGGAAUCCAGAAAUUGAGCGAGACGAGGACACUGGCUUCAGCCACUACGUUCAAGAGAAAGACAGACAACUCAUCCUGGAAAAGAUGAAGAUUGUGCUGCGAAUAUGCCAGCUGAAAGGUAUCAAAAAGGUCGUGCUUGGUGCUUGGGGAUGUGGUGCCUACGGAAAUCCUGUCGCCGAAGUGGCCAAAGCGUGGAAAAAGGCCCUGUUACCGAGGAACGACGGAAAAGGGAAAAAGAAGGGGAAUAAAGAGACAUGGGCCGGGAUUGAAGAAAUUGUCUUCGCAAUUAAAGAUGCCGGUAUGGCCGACGCCUUCGAAGAGGCUUUCGGAAAGGGUAUUGAGAGAGACGUGGAAGCUGAGGUGGAUGAAUCCGAUGAGGAGAUCAAUAUCGCUCAACGGGACAAGGAGGAGCUUCAAGCAAGGAUUGCCGAGUUAAAGCAGCGCAUCGAUGCCACACCAAAUCCACAAGUCAAGACGGGUCUCAACUCAAUUCUCGCUGGAUUGAUAAGCCAACUGCCCGCUGAUUCGGGAAAAGACACCGAUGAAGACGAGGAUGAGCGAGAGGGAUCAAAGGACGACAGCGGCGAAAGUGACGCAAACUCUGAGCAAGCAUGA